AUGUCCGAGCCCACAUCCCCGUCAGUUUGCUCAUCGGCGGCAUCAGAAGCUUCUACAGUUCCCUCAGCUGUUGAAUCACCACAGGUUGUUGGUACAACUAAGGAACUUCAGAAUGGUGCGGUAUGUAAGGAGAUGAGUAGCGGAAUAUCUCUGAG